UCGUGAAGUUUCUUUUGAAGGUGUUCGUUUGACUAAGGACAUGGUAGAUUGCAUCAAAGAUAAAUUGGAUAAAGUCGAAACAAUCCACUUCCAUUCAAAUAACUAUUCGGCGUUUCUGUCACACGAAGAUCUCCUUACUUUUCUUCCAAAUUUGAAAACCUUACACAAUAAACGCGCUUGCUCAAUUCAAGAUAAAUGGUUGCAUAAUCAUUACCCAAAACUUGAACGAUUGAUGUUGAAUAACCCGGAGGAAAUAUUGACCGAUACCGUUGGAAUUUUUUUCGAUAAGAAUCCACAGCUUCAAAGUUUUCAAACCGACCAUCGUUUUCUUUUGAAAAAUAGCGACACAUUCCUCAAAUCCAACAUGAAAUUGGAUGUUUUGAGUAUUCGUUAUGAGUUAGACGAUGGCUUGAAUGGUGUUUGCAGCUUGCUAAGCAAACUGUAUGACAAUGGUUUUUAUAAGCGAUUGGAAUUCGAUUCUGGUGCUUCGAAAAUUCCGCAAGAUGGAAUCAAUAGAAUCGGUCGAUUGGGUGGACUUGAAAAAUGGUCGGGUUGUUUUGAAGGAAUCACGGUUAUCCCUGCUGUCGCCAAUUUAAAAAAGCUACGCAUUUGUGAUGCAAGUUUAACGAAAAUUGAUUUGGAUGCCAUGAUCGACUCAUUUCCAAAUCUACACCAAGUGCGUUUAUAUGAAGCAUCAAAUAAUAAACUGCUUCCGUUCAUUCGACGACUACCCAAACUGAGUGAACUCAGUGUUCGUCAUUUCUUUGCCGAAAAUGGUCAUGAAAUCGAUCUGCCAACUUUGAAUGGAGCACGCAAACAAUUGAGUAAACCAUCCAAGCUGACCAUUUAUGUGGAGGAAAACGUUUAUUUGGGAACAAAAAUGGCAACGAAAAAUUUAUACGUCGAUCACAAUUUGAUUGAGGUGAAACGUGUUGGCAAUAUACAAGAAGACUUCUUUGCAGAUCGUUAAUUUGACAUGUAGAUGACAUUUUUCCCAUUGAGGUAUCCAAAACGAUAGGCCAGUCGAUGAAUAUAUUAACCUUCAGCAAAGAAUACAACUCCUUUAAAUUCACAAUCCAAGCAGUAUGCAUUGAUAACAAGCAAUUUUGAUCCAGAGCAACAGAGGGCUCCACGAAAUGAAUUAUUCCAAAUUUAUAUAUUUUAUAAAACAUUUCGGAAAAAAGUCGAAACAAAAUAUGGAAAUAAAAUAUUCAGUGUAGACACAACACGUUACACUUAAAAAAAGAUUGUCGUAUUUGUUUUUAAUUGUUAGCUACGGACCGAUGCAGAUAAGAUGAAUAAAAUGAAAUUACGGAAAUAGUGUUUACGGAAUGGAUUUUUUCGGAUAAAUAAUUUCAGGAAUCAGCGAAAUUAUCCAUAAAAUAUUUUAUUUCGAAAAAAAAAGUCGAAAUUACAUACGGAAACAAACUAUUUUAUAUAUAAUUUCGCUAUAAAAAGAAGUUAUUUAUACGAAAUAAUCCAUUAAAUAUUUUAUUUCUUUUUUUUUACGAAACAAUUUAUUCUUUAUACAAAUAUUUUGAGAAUAAAUUAUUUCGGAAUAAUUUAUUUCGUGGAGCCGCAACAGAGAGAUUUUCAUGAAGUCAUUGUAACGACUGAAUGAAAAGAAAACACCAUAUAACUCAAAGUAAAUCCAACAACAAGGAGAUAAUACACACAAAUAAACAGACGAUCAUUUGCAGUAUUUUCAUGAAAUUAUUAUUUUCUAGGAUUCCUAUUUUUAAUGGGGCCACCUAAAAUCAAAUUAAAUUCUAAAUUCAUUUUUAAAUUUUAAUGUCAAUUUAUUUUAUAAACUUUUGUUAACAUCUUUGGAAUGCAUAAAUAUUUGUUAUCGAUAUUGAAGAUAAGUAAAUGAAUAAAUGAGUAAAACGAGCAACAAUAUCA